UCUCUCCACAUACAUUUGCGAUCAAACAACUAAUCAAUCGGAAAAUGGAAGGCAAAACUUUGAUUCUAAGUGUGCUAGUAAUAAGUCUCUUCAUGGCACAAAUCCAAGUUGACGCAAAGAGCUGCUGUACGUCCAACACUGCUAGAAAUAUCUAUAAUACUUGCCGCUUUGCGGGAGCUUCCAGGGAGAGAUGUGCUACACUCAGUGGCUGCAAAAUUGUUAACGGUUCAUGUCCUUACGGAUAUACAAACGACAUUCUCGAAAACUCAGGUGAUGCUGUCAAUGAAUACUGCAAGGUUGGGUGUACAUCCUCUGUGUGCGGUGCUUUAACGACUCUCCAGAUUUCCGAUUCAAGUGAAAUCGUCAAUGGGGAGCGGUUGAAAAAUGUGUCAUGGCAUGUUCCACAGUCUGCACCAAGGGCUCAAUGAAUGCAGUUGAAACUGCCUAAACAACCAUAUCGAUGAAUAUACCACAUAUAUCUUGAGGUGAAGCGUGUGAUCGUCAUUCACAAUGUGUUUUUUUUUUUAUGUUUCAAUAAUUGUCAUGUAUAUGACAAAAAAGUAGAAGGUUAUCGAUCCCUCGAUUGUAUAUGCCUUCUAUUCCAUAUCGUGUAAAUAAAUAUAUAUAUAUAUA